AUGAGAAAGGAGACAGACACAGACAGACAGUCAGCGAGAGACAGGCAGCGACUACGAAAGACCACCAAUCUGGGAAAUCAGGAAAAGCAAUCAUCGCAUCAGUUUUUACAUCUUUGCCGGCUUUUAAGGAAAGUUAACGAACUCCCCGAAAGAGCAGCACCGAGCCCGAUUGAAAAGCCUUUCUCGCGUCUCCGGGGCAGCGGCGCCGAGGAGGCCGCCGGACUGUGCGCGGCAGGAGCAGGUGUCGCCGCCAGUCCCCAGCUGCUGAGUUGGCGGAGCUGCCGCCCCUGCUUCCCCGCCGCGGGCCGGGAACCCCAGAGUUGUACGGAGACAACUCCGGGGGGCUGCGAAGCCGCUACCCCGGAGACCUGGAGGCUGAGGCCGCUCCAGCCGGCCCUCGGCGCCAGCAAUCGGGACCGGGAAAGAAGAGGACAGACAGUUCGGCCGGGCUGGAGGACACGAGGGUCACCAGCAGUCGGUCGGGACGGCUUCGACAUCCCUUCCCCCCCCCCCCCUUCGCCGGCGGCGCCUCCCGCCGAGACUGGGAACGAACUUCCAGCUAGCCCCAGCCGGGCUCGUCGCGACCCCGCGGCCGGACUCCGGACCGCAGAGCUCGUCCCCACGGCCCGCACGCCGGGCGCCUGGCCCGACCCCUCCUCGGAACGCAGCCCGGGCCCCGCGGCUCGACCAAGCAGCCAGGCCGCGGCCCCGCGCCCCUUCCCGCCUCACCUGAGCGCCCCGGCCGCUCCGUCCCGCGCGACCGCCCCGCGCGCCCCGUCGGGGCACGCUCCGACUCCGGCAGGCACUCUCCCGGCCCGCGGGGACUCGGGAAACGAGGGCUGCCGCCGCCUCCUCCGCCUCGGCACCAGCCCCGGCCCGGAGCCGAGGGUCACAGUCGGAGCCCCCCGCUGA